AUGUCGGGCUUGACAAAACUUCCAUUUGCGGUGUCGAUUCGGGAAGCUUAUUCACCGAAGAAAAAGCUUAAUUUCGCGCGUCAUAGUGAUUCGUUGUCUUGCAAAUGCCAAUCACAACUAUCGCCAACAACACAGCCAUCAACGCUAGAGAUCUCGCACAAUGAAACUCUGUUGAAAUCUCUCGUCCUUCAUCAAGAGGUUGUAUCUAAUCAGGCUUAUCAUCACGAGCAUGAUCCGAGCAGUGUGAGUUCUACAUCAGAUGAACUGAUAGCGAAGAUUAAGAAGGCGUUACGAGAACCUUCUAGUCAGAGGGCUAAAAUGAAACUGGUUGACGUAAUUCAACGGCUGGGAGUUGGACACCAUUUUGAAAAAGAAAUUAGACUGUUACUUGAAGGAUUCUUGGAUUACAAUUCCAAUGAAGGCCUCUAUGACGCGGCGCUCCGUUUCCGCUUGUUGAGGCAUAAUGGCUUGCCAACUAGCUCAGAUGUUUUCGACAAAUUUAUGAACAACAAGGGAGACUUCAAGGAAUCACUGAGACAAGACAUAUGGGGUAUGUUGAGCUUGUACGAGGCAUCCUACCUCGGCGCAAAAGGCGAAGAUAAAUUACUCAAAGCCAUGGAAUUCACAAGAUCUCACCUCAAACAGUCAUUGCCGUCUUUACCUCCUCAGUUGCAAACUCAAAUUGCCAAAUCCUUGGAGCUCCCAAGGCAUUUGAGGAUGGCAACAUUAGAAGCCAGAAACUAUAUCGACGAAUAUAGCCAAGAAAGCAACCAUUCUCUAGCUCUUUUGGAACUUGCUGAAUUGGAAUUCAGCGAGCUUCAGUCACUCCACAGAAAGGAGUUGGCUGAGAUCAUAAUAUGGUGGAAACAAUUGGGACUUGUUGAGAAACUUGGUUUUGCCAGAGAUCGACCAUUUGAGUGCUUCUUAUGGACUGUGGGGGUAUUUCCUGAGGCAAGCUAUUCGAACAUCCGAAUUGAGCUUGCCAAAACUGUUUGUAUUUUACUAGUCCUUGAUGAUAUCUACGACACUUAUGGCUCAUUGGAUGAACUUAUCUUAUUCAACGAUGCAAUCAAGAGGUGGGAGCUUAGUGCAAUGGAGCAGCUUCCUGCUUACAUGAAAAUAUGUUACAUGGCAUUGUACAAUACCACUAAUGAAAUUGCCUACAGAGUUCUUAAAGAACACGGAUGGUGUAUUUCUGCACACUUAAAGAGAACGUGGAUAGAUAUAUUUGAAGCUUUUCUAACAGAAGCAGAAUGGUGCAACAGAAGAUACACGCCCACUCUAGAACAAUAUUUGACAAAUGGGGUGACCAGUGGAGGAUCAUAUAUGGCGUUAGUACACUCAUUUUUCCUCAUAGGCCAUGAUGUUACAGACGAAACCGUAUCAAUGAUGGAGCCUUAUCCCGAGCUCUUCUCUUGCUCAGGGAAAAUUCUUCGGCUUUGGGACGAUUUAGGAACUGCAAAGGAGGAGCAAGAGAGAGGAGAUGUGGCAUCCAGCAUGGAGUGCUACAUGAAAGAAAACAAUGUGGAAUUGGAAGAUGAAGCCAGAAAGCAUAUAAAAAAGAUGAUUGGGAACUUAUGGAUGGAGCUAAAUGAACAUUUAAUGGCUCCAUCUGCAUUGCCUAGGUCGAUUACCAAAGCCUGCUUUAACCUUGCGAGAACUGCCCAAAUUAUCUAUCAACAUGGGGAUGACGAGACCUUUUUCAGCGUAGAAGAUCACGUACAAUCGUUGUUCUUUACACCUUGUAAAUGA